AUGGCCGGCGACCCCUUAAAACGCAAUCAGAAUCUGUACUGCGCGUACCACCAGGAGCCAGGUCACAUCACCGACGAUUGCAGGAAUCUGAAAAACCAUUUGGAUCGGUUUGUCCGAGAAGGGAAGUUGAGGCAUCUAUUGCACCGCCUUAAAGGAUGGCAGGAACAGUCAAAUGUCAAAACCAGACAAGGCAUAUUGAGGCCACCCAUUGGCACAAUAAAUGUCAUUCUUGCCGCACCUGGGAGGACCGGUUCCAACCCUUUCAGAGUAAUGUCAGUGGGCAGGUUCCCGACUGAGCCAAACAAAAGGGAAUCCAAGAGAGCCAAAGUGAGUGCCACACCGUUGAUCGGGUUCACAGAGGAAGACAAGCAAGGAACCCUUCAACCCCACGACGAUGCCCUAGUCGUUAUGCUCAGAAUAGGAGGUUAUGACGUGAAAAGGGUGUUAGUUGAUCAAGGCAGCGCCAUGGAGGUGAUGUACCCUGAUUUGUAUAAGGGGUUGAACUUGAAGCCAGAAGACCUGUCGCCAUACGAUUCCCCUCUGGUCAGCUUUGAAGGAAAAAUCAUCAUCUCGAAAGGCAUGUAG